AUGACUGGAGAGUGGGAAGCAGACGACGUCGGCAAAAUAGACGCGUCUGAGGAGGUGGAUACUAGCAAUCGAGGUGCAGCGUCAGAUGCAGACACGGCGAUGGAAGACCGUGUUCUUGCUUAA